GGGCUUGUGGGUGGGGCGCUGACCUGCUGCUUCGCCACCGCGGACCCGCCCUCUGUCCUCACCAGCCGAGCCUUGGUUGGGCGCGGGCCGCUUCGUCAGGCAGCGGUCGGAGAGAGAGCCAUGGGGACAGUGCACGCCCGGAGUUUGGAGCCUCUUCCACCCGGUGGACCUGAUUUUGGAGCAUUAGGAGAAGAAGCUGAAUUUGUUGAAGUUGAACCUGAAGCUAAGCAGGAAAUUCUUGAAAACAAAGAUGUGGUUGUUCAGCAUGUUCAUUUUGAUGGACUCGGGAGGACUAAAGAUGAUGUCAUCAUGUAUGAAAUUGGAGACGUUUUUAAGGCUAAAAACCUCAUUGAGGUAAUGCGGAAAUCUCAUGAAGCCCGUGAAAAGCUGCUUCGUCUGGGGAUAUUUAGACAAGUGGAUGUUUUGAUCGAUACCUGUCAAGGUGAUGACGCACUUCCGAAUGGGUUGGAUGUCACAUUCGAAGUAACCGAAUUGAGGAGGCUGACGGGCAGUUAUAACACCAUGGUUGGCAACAAUGAGGGCAGCAUGGUACUUGGCCUCAAACUCCCUAAUCUGCUAGGCCGUGCAGAAAAGGUGACAUUUCAGUUUUCCUAUGGAACAAAAGAAACUUCCUAUGGCCUGUCCUUCUUCAAACCACAGCCCGGAAACUUCGAAAGAAAUUUCUCUGUAAACUUAUAUAAAGUUACUGGACAGUUCCCUUGGAGCUCACUUCGGGAGACAGACAGAGGAGUCUCAGCCGAGUAUAGUUUUCCCGUUUGGAGGACCAGCCACACCGUCAAGUGGGAGGGCGUGUGGCGGGAGCUGGGCUGCCUCGCCCGGACAGCGUCCUUCGCCGUCCGAAAAGAAAGCGGCCACUCGCUGAAAUCGUCUCUUUCGCACGCCAUGGUCAUCGACUCUCGGAACUCCUCCAUCCUUCCCAGGCGGGGCGCGCUGCUCAAAGUCAACCAGGAGCUGGCAGGCUACACCGGAGGCGACGUGAGCUUCAUAAAAGAAGAUUUUGAGCUUCAGUUGAAUAAACAACUUGUAUUUGAUUCAGUUUUCUCAACAUCUCUCUGGGGUGGAAUGCUGGUACCCAUUGGUGAUAAACCAUCCAGUAUUGCUGAUAGGUUUUACCUCGGGGGACCGACAAGCGUGCGCGGCUUCAGCAUGCACAGCGUUGGGCCACAGAGUGAAGGGGACUACCUGGGCGGAGAGGCGUACUGGGCCGGCGGCCUGCACCUGUACACCCCGCUGCCCUUCCGGCCGGGCCAAGGCGGCUUUGGGGAGCUCUUCAGGACUCACUUUUUUCUCAACGCGGGAAAUCUCUGCAACCUCAACUAUGGGGAGGGCCCCAAAGCGCAUAUUCGUAAAUUGGCCGAGUGCAUCCGCUGGUCCUACGGAGCUGGCAUCGUUCUACGGCUCGGCAACAUCGCCCGGCUGGAACUGAACUACUGCAUCCCCAUGGGCGUGCAGCAAGGUGACAGGAUAUGUGACGGCGUCCAGUUUGGAGCUGGGAUAAGGUUCCUGUAGCUGUCGCAGAGCACCCUCCAGCCCCUCCGGGACACGCUCCGGGAUUCGGCAGCAGUGGGUCAUGGCGCCACACACGUCCUGUGCACAUCACGUUCGAGUGAUGCCUCGACUACAGCCCUCGCGGGAAACUGUGUCAAUAAAUUUUAAAGACAAACACUCA